AUAAAAGCCAGAGGCAGCAUUGGACUGGAUGGGAUUUGGAGAUUUCCGUCAGGAUAACUAACAGGCUCAGAUUCACAACACAUCUGACAGAGCUGCUGUUUCAGCGAGAAUUUAAAGAUAAUAAAAGAUUAGUCACCAAAGAGAGAUGAAGAAAAUCAACUUUUUUACCGACUUGCUUCUUGUUUGUAUUGCAAGUGAUGCGAGCGCGUGGAUUGUCAACAAUGAGACUGACACGCUCACUGGAGCCAAUAUCACCAAUAUCAAUAAAUCGGAAGUGGGGGAUAAUGGAUUGACAUCCAUGCCAAAAUCGAGGCGAAAACGUUACAUUUCGCAACGUGACAUGAUAGCUAUUCUGGAAUAUCACAAUAAGGUGCGAGCGAGUGUUUUCCCACCUGCAGCCAACAUGGAGUACAUGGUUUGGGAUGAUGGCCUGGCCAGGUCUGCAGAAGCUUGGGCAGCAACCUGUAUUUGGGAACAUGGACCUCGAUACCUUCUCCGAUAUCUGGGUCAAAACCUCUCAGUCCGAACUGGCAAUUACCGCUCCAUUCUUCAGCUGAUUAAACCUUGGUAUGAUGAGGUCAAAGAUUAUGCAUUUCCAUACCCACGUGACUGCAAUCCCCACUGUCCAAUGCGCUGUUAUGGACCCAUGUGCACACAUUACACACAAAUGGUGUGGGCGUCAACAAACAGAGUUGGAUGUGCCAUUCAAACCUGUUACAAUAUGGUUGUAUGGGGUGCUGUGUGGAGGGAGGCAACAUACUUGGUCUGCAAUUAUUCACCAAAGGGCAACUGGAUUGGUGAAGCACCUUAUAGAGUUGGUGUACCAUGUUCAACCUGUCCUCCUAGCUAUGGAGGUUCAUGCAACAACAACAUGUGCUUUCCUGCCAUCAACUCAAACUUCAUGUACUGGUUUAAAUAAGCUGCCUGCCAUAUCUUUAAUGCUAUUAAGUGAUUGGAUUAUUACAGUGACUUACUGUGUAAUCUUUUUAAUGUAAUAUCUAUUCAUUUUGUACAGCAGAUGUAGCUUUUUGUACUUUUACUACAGAGUCCAGAAAUGGUGCUAAUGUCAAUGCAAUCUUAACUUGACUAUUUAAAGGGAUAGUUCACGCAAAAAAUGCAAAUCUCUCAUCGUUUACUCACACUCAUGCCAUCCCAGAUGUGUAUGAUGUUCUGUCUUCUGCAGAACACAAAUCAGUGAAUGGUGAUCAGAACUUUGAAUCUUCAAAAAUCACAUAA